CACAUUACACACACACACACACUGACAGGUAAACUCGGUCCUCUGGAGAUUCAAGGAGAAAAUGUCUGGUUCUUUGAAGCCAGAAAACCCCCUGGAAGGUGAGCUGACCUGUACAGUGUGUCUGGACAUCUUCAGGGAUCCUUAUCUACUGCCUUGUGGACACAACUUAUGUUGGGUCUGUGUGCGGGACCUGAAACAGCAAGGGGGGAGGGGAAAGUUUAGCUGUCCCGAUUGCAGGCAGAAAUGGAGGCCUGAUCUACGGCUACAGAAGAACUACAAGCUGGCAAACAUUGCUGAAGACUACAGGAAGAGGAGCCGGUCAGCAAAGCAAGACGCUGUUGUCCUCUGUGAUAUCUGUCCUGGGCAGACAGACGCAGUGAAAACCUGUCUGAAGUGUGAGGUGUCCAUGUGUCCAGACCAUGUGAAGCCACACCUGGAGAGACUGGCUUUCAGAGAUCAUCCCCUCACAGAGCCACUGAAGGAUAUUCAGAAGAGAAAGUGCCCAGAACACGAUGAGAUGCUCAAGUAUUACUGCACUGAAAAGAUGGAGUAUGUCUGUAGUGCUUGUACAAUAGAAGGCAAUCAUGCUGAACACACAGUGAAAUUCUUGAAGAACAUGGAGGAAGGGAUCGAGGAGAGCUCUGCUGGGAGAGAGUCUUUCUACAAGAGGAUUUCACUAGUCCAUGUGUGUCUGUUGAUCUUCUCUGUCAUCACUCUGAUCGCUCUCAUCGCUGGACUGGGCUUUUACAUUCACAGCCGUUCAGAAGAAAGGCACAUUGUAUUAGCACUGCAGAACAGCAUGUCAAUGCUGCACAAGGAAAUAUCAGCACUGCCCAGUCAACUGAAAGAUUUGCACAGUGGACUGGAGGAUCUCCUCAGUGAACUAGAGGAGCUGCGAAAAAACAUCUCCACUGGGCCUGAGAAGAGCUCUGCUGGGAGACUGUCUUUCCACAAGAGGACUUCACUGGUGUUGGCCUGUCUGUGGGUCAUCUCUCUCAUCGCUGGACUGGGACUUUAGCAACCAACACGUGAUUGUUAUUGCUGAAUUUCAUAGCAAAAGAAUAUUGAAGGACAUAAAGAAACCCAUUAGAAAAUAUGUAAAUAAAUAAAUAAAUAAAUAAAUAAAUGUUUUAAUUAUGUGUUUGUAGAUCAUCAUACAUUUGCUAUAGUUAUUAUUAUUAUCAUCAUUAUUAUUAUUUUAAAAUGUUCUAAAAAUAUUCUGGGUUCAGUCUACAUACUGUAGUACAUUACCUGUAUUUGAUUAAUAAUCUGCAAUGAUGUCUGCCUUUCGUCAUGUUUUUUUUUCCAAUUCCAAACUGUUCAGCAGCUUGACUACAGCUGGUACCGACUUUAGCUGUAAUAUUGCUUCAUGACGUUGCUCCAAGGAUUUUUAAAUCGAGAGAUCUAUUUGUCCAUUGCGAUGUGAACCCGGGUUUGUUUGGAGUGGAGGAAUUGGACCCUGAUUCGGCGGGUGCUAGGAAAACAAAAAUUAAACAGAGCUGCCCAAUUUAAGGGCGCCUCUCCCUGCCUGUGUUUUUGGUCUCCAUUCUGUUGUAUGUGUUUUUAAACAAUUUCUGUAUUUAUUGUUGUUGUUUUAGUGAGCCCCUCCUCUGUGUAGGUAUUGAGCCGCACUGCCCUUUAGUUUUAAAUUGAAAUCCUGUAUUUAGUUAUUGGCUGGCUGAUCCCGCACUGAUUGAAAAGAACCAGUACCCCUUCCAGGUGCUACAAGACUUUGCCCACAUAUGUGAUUUAGCAAAUGUGUUUUACUGCCCAACUGGCAGCAUUAGCGCUGGACAUGGGCUGAACUUUGUUUAGAGGAGUGACCUCCAUUAUAUACAACUGUAGCGAUUUAGCAAAGCAUCCACAGGUAAGUUUCAAUAGACAUGUGAAAACCAGGUCUAAACUGUGCGCAAAAUAUGUGGUCAACUAUAAAUACCGUUUAAAUGACCAGGGAAGCAAGUAAAGGAGAGAGAGAAAGAGAGAGAGAGAGAGAGAGAGAGAGAGAGAGAGAGGAGAAAUAAAAGAAAUAGAGUGUUGUGGAAAUGUGCCCCGCCCCGUGUGCAUUUGUGUGUUAUGUGUUGUAUGUUGUGUGUGGUGUGUUUAAUGUUGGUGUAUAGUCAUUGGUACACGGGAUAUAAACGGGUCUGUGUUUCACGUGUAUUUAAAAAUGUAGAUUUAUAUUUAGGCACGAGGAGGGCACAAAUCACUUCACGUGCUGGUUAAAUGUAAUAUGUGAGCACGGGGUUGCACGUAAUGAAUUCACGUGCUGGGAUUCAAGUGAAUAAUUAAUCAGUAAUUGAAUCCCAGCACAACAGUAUAUUUAGAGACACGUAGCACUCAGUCGGGGUUAGGUGUUCGGUGAGUGGAGAACGGGAGAGAGAGAGAAGGAGUAACUAAAAGUGAAAAAGAGUAAAUAUUAGUGUUAUCUGCUCACCGUGUUUUGUUCGUCUGUCUGUGCACUGUCUAGCCCGUUUUGUUCGUCUGUUUAUUUUGGCUACAAGUGCCGUGUCCUGUUUUGUGUUGUGUUUAAAACCUUUU